CUUACCGCUUGGGGAUGGGUAUAUAAAACACCGAGGCUAAAGCACCAAUAAUUGUACGGGUGUUUGACCUUCAUCCCUAACUGCAGGUUCUAGCAUUCGUAUUACAGAAGAGAGCUUAAAAUGUUCUUCCUGUAUUCCGGGUCAAAAAUUUUGGGAGCACAGGCAAUUACUAAGAAUAUACGUAAAUUCUUGGGUACUGCGGUUGAGCCUAUUUUGAAGCCAGAAAUAAAGCGAAACUCGAUUUUCAUCAACAAUGAGUGGGUAGAGUCAUCUAGUGGAAAAACCUUCAACACUAUAAAUCCAGCAACUGGUAAAGUAAUAUGUCAAGUUUCGGAAGGUGAUGAGGUUGACAUAGAUAAAGCAGUUAAAGCAGCUCGUAAAGCCUUCGAAUUUGGCUCCGAGUGGCGUACCAUGGAUGCAUCACAUCGUGGUGUAUUACUUCACAAACUGGCUGAUCUUAUUGAACGUGACAGAGUUUAUUUGGCUUCUUUGGAAACACUGGAUAAUGGGAAACCAUUUGCUGAUUCAUAUAAUAUUGAUCUAGAUGCAGUGAUCAAAUGCUACAGGUAUUAUGCUGGCUGGGCAGACAAAUAUCAUGGGAAAACUAUACCUGUCAAUGGAAACUAUAUGUGUUUCACUCUUCAUGAGCCAGUUGGUGUUUGUGGACAAAUUAUACCGUGGAAUUUUCCACUUCUUAUGCAGGCAUGGAAGCUCGGUCCAGCAUUAGCAAUGGGAAAUACAGUGGUAAUGAAGACAGCAGAACAAACCCCGUUGUCUGCAAAUUGGGUAGCUGAAUUAAUCAAAGAAGCCGGAUUCCCACCUGGUGUAGUGAACAUUGUUCCAGGAUUUGGUGAAACUGCUGGUAAUGCCCUAGUCGUUCAUCCUGAUGUUGAUAAAAUUGCGUUUACUGGUUCAACAGCUGUAGGACAAUUGAUUGGUCAGAAUGCUUAUAAACAUGGUGUGAAACGAAUUACUUUAGAACUUGGUGGAAAGAGUCCAUUAAUUAUUUUCAGUGAUGGUGAUUUUGAUCGAGCCAUAGCUACGUCACAUUUUGGUUUAUUUUUCAAUCAAGGCCAAUGUUGUUGUGCAAGUUCACGUAUAUUUGUCGAAGAAUCAGUUUAUGAUAAAUUUGUUGAAUAUAGUAGUGAAGAGGCUAAAAAGCGUGUAAUUGGUAAUCCUUUUGAUUUAAACACAACACAAGGUCCACAAGUUGAUGAACACCAAUAUCAAACAGUUAUGUCAUACAUUGAAUCUGGUAUAAAGGAAGGUGCCAAAUUAUGUGCUGGUGGCAAACGGUUUGAAUCAGAUGGUUAUUUCAUUCGUCCUACAGUUUUUGCUGAUGUUCAAGAUGAAAUGCGCAUUGCUCGUGAGGAAAUAUUUGGACCUGUAAUGCAAAUUAUGAAAUUUCGAUCAUUAGAUGAAUUGAUACAUAGAGCAAAUCAUACACAAUAUGGUCUUGCAGCUGGUAUAUUCACUAAUAAUUUAGAAAAAGCUAUGCAUGUUAUGCAACAUUUACAGGCUGGCACUGUUUGAUUAAUUCAAAUCCGUCAGUGUAGAGGUAGCUUGAUUGUAGUUAUUGUCAAACUAAUUUAAACAUUCUACUCCUAUUUUAUAUGAAUAUACAAUAAAAUGAGCAUCCGGGCAGUAUCACAGCCCUUACAUAAAUCGAAUGAUUUAUGUGGCGCAUACCUAUUUGGUGCCUCCUUGCACCAAUGUUUAUAUGUUUAAACAUAAAAUGAUCAGUCGUUACACUUUAUGAGAUUCAUUAUGUAAUGACUUCUAUUGCAAUUCUAAUUCUUGUCAUUCCCAUACCAAAAUGUCAGACAUUAAGGUAAACCAUACACAAGUUUGAAUUUAUUUACUGUCAUUGCUUGAAUGUUUAUCAUUGUCAGAUUAUUGUAUAGCGAGAUUGUUUAAUUGUUUAUUAUCUGAUGAUUCAGGCGUAGCAAACAAGAGUUAUACAAAAGUUGGUCAUCAUUAUGCAAACAAGUAUAGAUCAAUAACGGUACUAUAUUAGUUUUCUUACUUCAAUUACUUUUAAGCACUAAAAUAUCACAGUUGAAAUGUGAGUACUGCCGUAAUGCCCCCAAAUGCCCUGGUAUGGCCGAGAAUGGGGUGGGCCCUCCCUCCCUCUCGAAAUGCUCUCACGCGGCCACGCGUAUACAGCCUCUGCCAAGGAAGUCCUACUCAAUGCCUUCUCGUGGCGAGGGUGUUGUUUACGAAAUUGAGAGGAUGAAAAGCGAAUGUCCGGCGCUUUAACCGGACUCCAAACCAAUGUUGCACAUGGGCUCCAGUAUCCUGAAGGAACAUAUGGCGUAUGGAACAAUCUUGGUCACCGGCUACCAUGGGAAUGCAUCUCCUUACGAUGCUCCACUGCCUUGUGGGUUAGACCUUUAGGUUAAAGGCUUGGAGUGUGGCCCCCUAAGAAAACCACCUGCUUUGAUCUGGGCACCCGGGCAGUAUCCCAUCCCUCACAUAAAUCGAAUGAUCUAUGUAGCGCAUAUGUAUUUGGUGCCUUCUUGUACUAAUGUUUAUGUGUUUAAAUAAAUAAACUGCUUGAAUAAUAGAUGGAAGAAUGUUACUUUUCUACAGGUUAUGUAACAUUCUUUUUGGGAGUACUGCAUUCUAGUGUACUUGUAAUGGUAAAUUUAUCAAAAAUGUGUAUAAGUAUUCACUUCAAAAUAAAGAAAACCUAAAAUAACUAGGUUGAUUGCACCAUUUUUCUGGGUACUAGUGUGGUGAACGAGAACACAAGUGGUGACAAUCGAAUGUAUUUGAAUACAAAAUUACAGAAUAUCUUAGUAAAAUCUGAGGACCAUACAGUAAAUACUUGCAAAAUGUCAAUCAGCUGUGUCAGACUUGACUGAUUCUUCUUUUCCACACCAAUCACUCUCUGUUCUCGUUCUCAUAAGAUGGUGAGUUCUGGCUCAGAGAAUAAAACUCCACCUAAAUAGUUUCUAUAUAUAGUAAGAUUAGUAGUGUGGAAGUAUAACUUCUGAGACUAUUAGACACAGGAUUAUUAUUAAUAUUUCCACUUUAUAAUUAGUAGAGACUAGACCCUAACUUCUCUUCAGACUCAAGACACGGUUUAGAUAAAAGCUUGGGGAUACCUGACUAUUAAGAGUGCUGCUUGGGCUAGCUCAAGGUUAACUAUGUAGGUCAUAACGUAUAAUUGAUCAAGUCUUUGGCGCUAGGUCAUAAUCGGAAUAGUAAAUACAGGACAGAAAAAACCACUACCAGAAUUCCGAUAGGCGAAUUUAACACAUGAUGCUGAUUAGCAUCUGUAAUCAUCAAUUGUGUUCAAUUUAUGAAUCUGUUGUAUAUUUCUUUGUACAGGAUCAAUUGUUAUGAUGUUUUCG